UGGCCAACUCCGAUGGGUAGUGCAUACUGCCUGUCGAAAAGUGCGCUGAUAAUGUUUAGCAACGUCUUGAGAAUGGAAAUGAAGCAAUGGUCCGUCGCUGUCUGUACUGUGGAUCCUCCUGCUUGUGAGACACAUAUAACAGACACAGAGUGCUUGAAACUGAAGUACUUUGGAAAUAUUGAGAAGACUUUUCCGGAUGAUAAAGAAAGUGUUCGACAGGCAAGAAAAAAGAAUUGUGAGGUAAAGCUAAAUGUUAUGAAGUGGAUAACUAGAGGGGACUUUUCAAAGGUGAUCGACGAGAUGGUAAGAGCCUGCGUCGGGAAGAAUGCACAGAGAAGACACACGGCUGGUUUCAUGGACACUAUUCUAUUUAAUACAAUUACCAUGGAACCAGAGUUUACAUCCUGGCUAUUCUGGACGAUUGUCAACAUAAUACACCGAUAAGAAAGUUGCCAACAUAGCGUCGGAGGAAGAACGUUCCGAGGUGGAUGAGGAGGGUGCGAUGAAGCAGAAAGCCUUUGUGUGUUAUUACU